AUGGGCGAGUCCGGCGGGGAGACGGAGCCCGGUGAUCUGCAGCCGAUCCCCAUUCCUCGCCUGAGAAAACGCCCCAGCAGCCCAGCCACCCCGUUCUCCUCGCCUGAGGAAGACCACUUGAGGCCUAAAACUGUUUUGAAAAGUGUGAAUCGUUACUACAAUGGCAUUGAUGCUAACAGCAGAUCAACAGAUGUAUUUGGUGAUGCUUUGGUCAAUUGUAAUUCAUUCUUCAGUCCUUAUAAAGCACAGGUACCUCAAUAUGAAGAAAAUGUAGAUUCACAUCAGUCCUACACUACAUCUGUGUCAACCACUCCUGAUUCUUCCUUGUUUUAUGUUCCUUGGUCAACAUCUGGAGACGAUUAUAAGCAGCUUGCUGGAUCACAAAGUAAUCCUAACCGGUCACAGAAUGAAAUGAAUGAAUUUGGGAGUGCUGCAGACCUGUAUGGACUUGUUUCCAACAUUCUAGAAGAACCUGACCAGUCACAAUCGUUAUUUGUUGAAGGAAAUGCAUCUUCUAAUUUGUUAAGAUCGAUAUGGUCUUCCACAACUAGCAGAUAUACUGAACACCUUGAUCACUCAUCUGAGUCUAAGAAGCCUGUAGAUGCAUCAUAUUCACAAACUGUUUUUAAUGCAAAAGAAUCCAUAGCAACUUCUGACAAACAGCAGUACCAGCAGGAUAAUCAUUUAGUCUCUCAGCAAAAAAUAAAUAUGGAAGAUUUUUUAGGAUUUAAUGACUUGGAUCUCUCAGAGCAAUGGCUCUUUCCUUCAAAGAAAGAAGCUACAGAUUGCAGUCCCUUUCAGUCCACUGAUACCACUAAGAUGAACUUUCAAGAGUUUCCUUAUGUGAAGAACUGUUCCAAACUUCAGGUAGGAUUAUCAGUUAGAGAACCAGGAACAGAGAUGCACGUGUACAGCAGAGAUGGGGGAGACUUUAAAGAAGUUGGUAAUGCUACCAAUCCGACAUCUACAGAUUUGUUUCCUUUCCUUCAUAAUUCUAGAAACACUUACAUCAAUACCAGCAACAGAUACAUGGAGCAAUUGCAUGGCAGUAAAUUCAGACAAAACAAAUUUGUGAAUUUUAACAUGGCAGAUGGAAAAUCUGCUUCUGAUUGUGUACCAGAAGUACCAGUAAUAGAAAUGGAUGCAUGUACCAGAGUUUCCAAAGGAAAGCAAGUGCAAAAUGGGUUUGAUGAAUUAAACAUUGAUCAACAUGCCCUAAGAUAUUGUAUAAAAUCUACAUCAAGUUUGAGUGAUAAACAAAUUUCAAAGGAAAUUGGAUUAGGUAGCGAUUUGGGACAAAAGUGCACUUCAGAAUGUGGAAGAAAUCCUCAUACAUUUUGUCCAAUUAGAAGUGACUUUGAGAAAGCCUUUGAAAAGCAACAACAUUCUAAUUAUGAUCAUUUUUCACAGCAGUCUGAAUACGUUCAGCCCUUAAAUGCAUUGCCAGUAUCUGUGUAUUCUGGAGAAUCCUACCAAAAUAGGCAAUCCUGGACAAAAUUGGCUACUUCUGGUUCUGAAACUAGUACUACUGCUUCAUUUGGGAAGUCAGAUAGUUCAACAGACCUCAGUAAUCAAACGUCUCCUGCCUCUAAAACAUCUACUCACUCAUACUGUCCAGCUCCUCAUCAGUCUUCCAUGUCUUUUUCACAAAAUAAUGCUUAUUUCCAGAGGUCUACAGGAAUUUAUAAUCAGGAUAAUCACUCCAAGGUGUCUAGUAGUGAAUUCACCUAUAAUAUGGAAAGGGCUCAGACAGGUACACAUGUUGAAGGACAAAACAAAGCCAGUGGAGAUAUGUACUUUGAAUCGCCCAUUGAGAAAAACUGUCAAAAUGGAAAGCAAGUAAAUGGAUUUCAUGGGAGUUCAUCUCAGCAAUAUGCUGCAAAUAAAUAUCCCAGCUAUCAAACUAAGCAGCAAAACUGCCAUUAUGACUUGAAUGAAGAUGUGAAAAAAAAGGAUGAUGAAUUUUCACAAAAUACGUACAGAGAUUUGCUAGGUGCUCCGUCUUAUUAUUAUAAUAAUCACAAUUCUCAACAAGGAGCUGGAGACGGCAACAAUGUAGCAAAUUAUAUGACUCGUUCUUCAGCUGCUUUUUCAAGUCCCUACAUGAUGGGUGACUUUAGACGGAACCAUAUUUCCCAACUUGGCCCACUUGGUGUUGCUUCAGGAAAUAAUCUUCAGUUUGGUCACCCUGUUGUUUCAUUAAUGGAUCCCAGUGAGUUAUUUCCUUAUGAGGAGUUUAGUCAUUUGUAUCCUCUUUUCAAUGAUAUGUUUUAUGGUGAUGCCCCCCUUUAUGGAUUUAUACCGCCUUUUGGAUUUCCAAGACCCAUGAAAAAUCGUAGUGGUCCGGCCAACGAACUUCAUAUUCGAUUAGAAGAAUGCUAUGAACAAUGGAGGGCUUUGGAAAAAGAAAGAAAAAAGACUGAAGCAGCGCUUGCCCGGAACUACCCAGGAAAGAGAGUGACCAGUUCAAAUAAUACACCUAUUCCCAGGCUUCCUUCAAACCCUUCCCGGGUUGAUCGUUUGAUUGUUGAUCAACUGCGUGAACAAGCAAGAGUUGUGACAUUGCUCGGGAAAAUGGAACGCCUCCGCAGUUCUCCUCUUCAUGCUAAUAUUUCUACAGCUCUUGACCGACAUCUAGAAGCAAUUCAUAUCACCCAAGCUCGUAGGAAAGAUGAAAUAGUAAAUGCCGCUAAUAGACAGAGGCAAGGAGCACCAAGAUACCAGGAUGACCGAGAUGUUCUUGCUUUGGCUAUUGCAGUCAAAGAAAUGGCUAUAGCUACACGGAAAGCAAGGACUGCUUUGUGGUGUGCCCUCCAAAUGACUUUACCGAAAACACCAAAUGCCAAUCCAGAUGACCAAGGUGAAGUUGAAAGAGAACUUCAAGACCUAGUGACUAAUGGAGACAAAAACUAUCUAAAUAGAAGCAAUUACUAUAGUGGGGAAAAGAAUGAAGUGGCAAAAACUCGUAUUGAUUAG